AUGGACCCAGGACCAUCAAGACAGCCCCUCUUACCUCCUCCCCUUCAAUCUGUAGUCAAUGUACAAGAAGAUCGUCUCUCGUUCCCGCCAGCGUCACAGGCCCAGAUCUUGAGGGCUCAACAGAGGGACAGUUCUCAGAUCCACCGAUUGACAGAAUUAGCUGCAGAGCUUCUCAGAUCUUUGUUCGGAACAAGAUGGCUCGCACAUCGUCAGACCAUCGUGGAUCUCACUACUCGAGCCGUGUAUCUCUUCCUCACCCUUGGUAGAGGUCAACAAACACUAGGAGAGGAAUAUACCGAUAUCGUGCCUUUUGCCUCCAAGUCACGACGAUUACCUUCCCGUACGCGGAGGAUGGUCACUAUUAUACUACUGCUAAUCCCUUCCAUCCUCACCAGUCCGAGUACUAUCACAUACCUCAGAAACGACGAUUCGAGGUGGUGCAGGACUAAGAGAAGUUUGGCGGAUGUAUUAGAGUCGCCGUGGGCCAGAAUCGGGGCAGAGUUGCAUCUCGUGGCGUUUCUCUUAAGGGGUCGGUUCUUCGACCUUGCCAGGAGACUGACAGGAAUGACAUAUAUCUCCACUCUUCCUGCUCGACCCCCAGAGCAAACACCUUCCUACGAACCCCUAGGACUGCUUCUGUUGAUAGCCCUUCUCAACCGUCUAAUCUCUACUCGUAUGCGUGCCCAAUCUGACCCUAUCACACCUCCACCGAACCUCGCUUUCUCAUCAGUACCACUCUCCUCACUUCCCCUAUCCCCCCCACUGACCCCUCCACCGAACAACGAAGUCGUCCUAUUAUCCGCUCGGACUAAAGACUACGAUCGACCCAAUACAUAUCUCUCUCCCUCCGCUCAAAUCCUGAGCGGGAGACAAUGCACUCUGUGCCUCGAGCCACGCGGAACGGGGGAAGGAAGCGGGGGAACGGUAGGAGUGACCGAGUGUGGACAUGUGUUUUGCUGGGGAUGUCUGGGCGGGUUGGAUAAAAGAGAAUGCCCUUUAUGCCGCCAGGGUCUUCGGAUGGAGCGGUUGGUAGCCGCUUAUAAUCUGUAG